AUGGCGACUGUGGAGCCAACAGCGCGCGCGGUGCGGGCUUCUACCCAGACAUCCCAGCCCGGUGGGGCCCCGGACCGCACAGCCGGGGAUGCAGGGCCGCCUUUCGGGAGAAGCGGUGGCGAAGUACCGCGGCAGGGGGAGCGGACCUCAGCGGCUGUAGAGAAACGGGGGCCGUACGUGGUGACGCGUGCGCCCUCCAUUCAGGCCAAGCUGCAGAAGCACCGGGACCUGGCCAAGGCCGUUCUGCGGAGAAAAGGCAUGCUGGGGGCCUCGCCGAGCCGCCCCGCCUCUUCAGGGAAAAGGUCAGUGAAGUUUAACAAGGGCUAUACCGCUCUUAGCCAGAGUCCAGAUGAAAACCUGGUGUCCCUCGACUCUGAAAGUGAUGGGGAGCUGGAAUCCAGAUACUCCUCCGGGUAUUCCUCUGCAGAGCAGGUGAACCAGGAGGUGAGCCGGCAGCUGCUCCAGGACGGGUAUCACCUGGAUGAGAUUCCAGAUGAUGAGGACUUGGACCUUAUUCCCCCCAAGCCUAUGGCCUCCUCAGCUUGCUCCUGCUGCUGGUCCUGUCUUGGGGGCUCUUUCUCCUGCACCCUCCAGUAGACAACC